AAAGAGACAACAGCUGUCCUGACUGCUUAGAGGGAGAAAAAUGCGUACACAUAUCAAAGAACACUACCAGAUGCAUGAAUGAUGGAGAUUAUAUCACUGAUUGCACCGUCUUAUAUUGGAGGAAACCUUCGUUGAACAGUGGGGAAUAUACCAUCAAAACUCUACACGAGGGAAAAGUCCGAGUGUUUUGUGAGAUGAAGAAAGAUGGGGGAGGAUGGACGGUUUUCCAGAGACGAAUGGAUGGUUCUGUAAACUUUACCCGUACUUGGAGGGAAUAUAAAAACGGAUUUGGGAAUCUAUCAACUGAAUUUUGGCUUGGUAUUUAUUCAGAGUCUUGCAUAAAGAUUUACAUAACAUCUAAUACAUAUCAUGAUAAAUGUUCACUUUUACAUCUUUUCUACAAUACACAUAUCAAUACUUCGCCACGAGUUACGUCCCAUUACGGGGUCACCCAGAAGUCAAUCGGUGAAAAGCCAAAUAUUCCUUCUUUAUCAUACCAAAUUCAAGAGGUUACUAUUGUGAAUGAUGGAGAUUGCUUCACCGCAGAAAACACAAUUCACGAUAUGAUGUUCUCAACAUGGGAUCAGGAUAAUGAUAGUGCUGACCAUAACUGUGCUGUACGAUAUAAAGGCGGGUGGUGGUACAACAAAUGUCAUGCUUGUAAUCCAAAUGGACUGUAUCUUCAUGGAAAAAAUGAACAGCGCGCACAGGGAAUAACUUAUAGUGCCUGGCGAGGUCAGUACUACUCACUCAAAGGAAUCGAAAUCAUGGUCAGGAGAACGAAAUGACGCUGGAAAAGUGGGGAAAGAUUCAGUAAAAUCCUUUUUGUACUUUUGUGAUUUUAAACGUUAGAUAUUCGAUAGUUGAGGUAUGUAAUGUUUAAAGAAAGAACAUUGAACACUUUUGAACGAUUUAAAUCAAGAUAAUUGUUCAUUGUUAGAUAAUGAUGAAAGUGAAAUAGUUCGUUAGCCAUUGAAUAACUUUAUGAAAUAUGUAGAUGAGGAGGACAAUGUAUUUGCUUGAUUUUAGAAUAAAUGAUGUGCUCUUCAGAAUGUGUUUUUCGUAA